GUUUUUGAGCUAUACAAAAGGAAAAUCAUACAAAAACAUUUUCUCUGUCUUUGUUCUUUUUUCUCUCACACAGAGGAAGAGACAGAGAGAGAGAGAGAGAGAGAGAGAGAGAGAGAGGGUGUUGAAGAAGAACAAGGAGGAAGAAGAUCUUGUCAGAUCGGACCACAAAGUUCUUAUGGGGAGAGAGCUUACAGAUCAGCACAUGGAAAAGAAGCCAAAUGGUGUUGUAGUGACUACAAAUGGAUUUUCUCAUGAUAAAGCUCAUGUGUCUCCGAAAAUAUCUGAAGACAGCAUUGAAGCAAGGGACUAUGAGGUGAAGGAAUGCACUGAAGAAAACUCAGUUUUUGACCAACAUCAUGAGAAUCAAGAAGUGCUAGGUAUUAAAACCACAAAUCUUGAUGCUAGUGUGCCUGAGGGAAAAAAAGAGAAAACUGGGGCUCAGAAGUCAAGUAUAGAAAAGAAGUCAAGGUCACCUGCAUCAAGAUCUACUGCUAAUGGGAAUGUACGCACCCACACUGUUCCACAACCAUUUUCUCUGGCAACUGAAAAGCGUGGUUCAUGCACGCGUUCUGUUGUGGCUGAAAGUGCUGGUAAUGGUGUGACCUCUUCACUGAAAGCCAACAAUACAAACUCCCCCCAAGCUACAAAGAAUUCACAGCCAAACUCACCUCUGUCACUAAGGAAGCCCUUUCUAUCUGAUAUAAAGAAGUAUCACGAUGAAGAAGAUAGUUGUUCUGUUGCUUCCUCUACUGCUGCAUCUGUGCGAACAGUUAAAUCUAGGGUGACUGUUGGAUCAGCUCCAUCAUUUAAAAGUGCUCAGCGUGCAGAGAAACGGAAGGAGUUUUACAUGAAGUUAGAGGAGAAACACCAAGCUCUGGAGGCAGAGAAAAGUGCAUGCGAGGCAAGGACCAAGGAAGAGCAAGAAGCAGCUAUCAAGCAACUCAGAAAGAACCUGGUAAUCAAGGCAAAACCAGUACCUAGUUUUUACUAUGAGGGCCCACCACCUAAGGCUGAACUCAAGAAGUUGCCAUUGACUCGGCCCAAAUCACCAAAACUAAUCAGUGUAUUACGGAGAAAGAGCUGCAGUGAAGUAAUCAACUCGUCUCAUGAGGAAAAGGAGGGUAUAUGCAGACGGGCUCAGCGUCAUAGCCUUGGUGGUCAAAGAGAGGAGCCUGCUACUUUGAGCACUCCCAAAACUAAGGGUCAGAUCAGUGGCCGGAACACUGAUGGCAAUCACAAAGUCAAGGAGAGUCCAAAGCAGGAAGAGGAGACAACAGAAACAAAUUUGCCUAAGAUCAAUGGGCAGAUGAAUGCAGACAUUACUGUUCAUUAAUGAAUUUGUGUCUUAACUUUUUUUUGUCUAACUUUCAAGUGGGAUAAAUUCUUCAUUUUCCUUGUUUACCUUAUGGUUGUUCUAAAAAGAAAUUUCCUGUUUUCUUUCAUCAGGAAUGACUUGUUUUAAGUGACUUGUGUUAAUGUGAAUUGUAUAUGUUUUGUAAGCUAUAUUGGUACAUAUGUUAUAUAUAAAAAGAGUCAUCCAUUAUUAUGUGGACCAA